UUGCACUUGAACAUCCGGCUUAUAUGAGUGGUGAUAAAAUAAGAUGUCCAAGUUCAAAGUGUAAAAAUCUCAAAUUUAAAGACCCACACGAAGUUGGGUAUCAUUUGUACGCGGUCGGUUUUGUUCCCAAUUAUUAUAAUUGGACUUCUCACGGCGAACCUUUGGAUCCAUCUGUUAUACCACAAACGGUAGGUUCGUCUCGUUACGUCCCUCCAGAGAUGAGUGCGUGGGGAGACCGUGCUGAAAUGAGGUGGGACCAACAAAUGGUAUAUGACGCAUACGGUGUACCGAUGUCUCAGUUCAACCCCCCACAACCACCUAACGACCCCCCUGAAGCCUCAACCUCGUAUCAACCAGAUGCGGAUGAAAAUCCGACAUUUUAUCAACCUUAUGUGGAUGAAGGUUUGGCUGAGAGAUUUCAGGAUGUUCUAAAAGCUGCCGACCAACCUCUGUAUGCUGAUUGUGAGGGAUACUCUCAGCUAUCCGCCGUUACUGAGUUCAUGAACAUAAAAGCCGAAUACAGUCUCCCUGAAACUUGCAUGAAUAGAGUCUUGCAGUCAGUAGGAGGGAUGCUACCGCGAGAUCAUACCCUUCCCAAUUCAUAUUACCACAUGAAGCAGUUAAUGUCUAAGUUGGGGCUACCUUGUGUUGAAAUUGAUGUGUGCCCGGAAGGAUGUAUGUUGUUCUGGAAGGAGGAUGAGACACUUGAAUUCUGCAAGUUCUGUGGUGGAGAUAGAUACAAACCUGUUCGUCAAGGUAAAAAGAAACCACGACAUAGGUCGGCACUGUCUAAAUUGUAUUACCUCCCAAUAGCUCCUCGACUGCAGAGGAUGUACGCUUCGACUGCUACUGCGAAACUGGUGUGUAGCAUAUAAUGGGCACACAACUAUUUUUUUUUACCCAAGGAAGUAGGGUGUCGAACCACAGAGAAGCGGGAAAUAAAAUAAUUAAGCACAAACUAAGGAUUAAAGUUAGGAAUGCGUUUCUUUUGAUUUUUUUGGUUGCUUGGAAAAGUAAUAAAAUAAAAGUGAUUGGUAUGAGAGAUUUUUAACAACACCAAGUUCAACAAAUAGCAAGUAGGGGUAGAAAUUGGUAACUAAUUGUUCAAUGUUUAAUUGAAAGAAAUAAUUGCUAAUUUUAUUCGUAGAUAGAUUGUGAGAAGUUGUGGAUAAAUAUUUUAGGACCCAACACAAGUCAUCUAAAAUAAGUAACUAGUCAACAUUUCCCAGUGAUGGCCAAAACGAGACUAGUUGUUUAAGUGCAACGACAACCUUAAUUAUUAACUAUAUUAUUUACCCAACCCCGUGGUGUAAAUAAUAUAAUUAAAUAAUUAAAUUCCCCCGUAAAACUUCAAUCCGGGACAAGGUAAAAGAAGUUUAACGGUGUGUUCAGAAAGUGUUCAUUUGUGUAUUUAACAAACAAUAUGUUUAUGAUUGAGUACUCAUAAUAUAUAUCACAAACAUAACUUAAUUAAUUUUCUGGACACAACAAUCUAAAUAGAACAAACUUAACAAUUAAAAUCAAUACAAAUUAAAACAUGAUAAGAACAAUUAAUUAACCAAUUUCUAGCCCCAAGUUUAUUUAGCUAUACAUGUUUGGAAGCUUAGAAAUAGAUGAAUUCAUGAUUAAAGUACAAGAUUUAAAGAGAUAAGGAAGAUCAAACUUGUGAUAGAUGAUAAUCCUUGGAGCUUGGUGCUAAUCUUGACUUUAAUCUUGAUUGAGAAAGUGAUUAAUUGAUGUUGAAGAUUGGUUGAUGAUUUGGAGAUGAAGAAUGAAGAGAGAAGGAGGAGGAAAUGAUUCUGGGAGGUGUAGAGAGAAGUUGGUUCGAGAUUUUGUGUGGAAGGAGAUGGAUUAGGCUAUAUAAUGAUAAGGUGAUUAAUGAUUAAGUGCUGGAAUUUACGGGGCAUAGAGUUUAUCUACAACAAAGCGCAAUAAAAUUCUAAUAGGGCGCAGCAGCCCAGUAGACGAAGUGCUUGAGCCUAUAGUAGAGGUCGCGGGUUCGAUUCUUGCUUCGGACUUUUGUUCCUUUUUUCUUUGAUGCGGUCACAAGUAAUAUAUAAACCGCCGGCUGAUUAUAUAUAACAUGCACAACUUAGCACACUAGUUCUAUUAGGCAAUCUUCUAUCCUUUGUUCAGGGAUCGAAUCCCAGCUCCACCAUUUUUAUUUUUUGCUUCUUUUCUUCAAUUUACUCCUUAUUUGUUAGGAAGGAAAUUCCACUUUUAUUGACCUCCAGCUUGAACUUUUAUUUUCUUCUUUUGUUCACACUCAAAUGUAUCCAAAUAGCAUCAAAAGUACCUGAAAAUACAAAAUACCCGUAUAGGACUGCACUAAUACAAUCUAACGACAAAUAAUAAAAAUAUGUACAAAAGUAGAACUUUAAUAACUAAAAUUAACAACAAACUAAGUUUAAAAAGUGUGUAAAAUAUAAGUACAUCAAAUCCCCCACACUUAGGCUUUUGCUUGUCCUCAAGCAAAACAAACAACAAACACAAAAUUAUACACAAUUUGGUAAAAUUUACAAACAUAACUAAACAAAUCACACAUACAUCUCUAAUGUCCACUAAACGGUCCAAUACCCUGAAAUGUCACAAAAUAACUCAAUGAGAGUAAACCGAGUAUUAUUGCCUAUCACUAAGAUUUUCAAAUCAAACUUUUUACAUAAACACCUAUAGAUCUGAAUUAGUUCGGGUUAUGCAGAACAAGUUUCUCCAAUUAACUUAAUUCAAAAAAUGACACAAAUAGAUCAAUUAGGACUUUUCGGGUUUUGGCAAGGUUAAUGAUGUGGAUAGUGGAAAGAAAGGUUUGGUGUAGGGAUUUACAAAGAGAGUUAGAUUGCACUUAUACUGAGUGGAUAAUCACAUGAAUUUACAAGAACUUGGAGCAUACAAAACAAUGAGAAAUAUAAACAUGAAAAGGAAGUACAAAUGGGGUUUUAUAGAAGAAAUCACAACAAGAAAUUAAUGUGCCUCCUUGUUUUUGUUUUUUUUUUUAACUUUUUUUUUCUUUUUUAUCUUUUUUUUUGUUUUUUUUUUCUUUUUGUUUUUUAACUUUUUUUUUAAGAAGGCACACACUAAAUAUUAUAAUGAAAAACUAACCCCAAAAUUUACAAACAAAUAUGUACAUCAUUAAUAUGACACUUAACAGAAGCUCCAUUUUAUCCACUCUCAAGUAACA